CUUGAGCUCUCAGCUAUCUCCCUCGUCACCGCACAUUCUGUCUGCUGGUCGACCUCCCUCUCUGUCGAGCACACACCAUCGUGUCGCCCGCUGCCGCUCAUUUCUGCAGUUUCAGACUCUCAUUUAUCGUCUCGCUGUCGCCGCUGUGCUGCGACGCGUGCCCACGCUCAUUCUACUCCGUAGUCCAAGCUUCAAGCUCAAUCUUCUUCCCACCAGUGCCACCACGUCGCACGGUUCAGCAUUGACCACAGACGAAGACCCGGAGUCAGCCAUCUGAAUAUUCAUUUCGAACAAAGCAUUGUGUCGACCUGUCUCGCAGCUUGACCUUGACUUGCAUCUGUCUCAAAUACUUCCUCUCAUAGCUACGAGGAACAUAGCCAUUCACGACCAACCGCAACCAUGCUUUUCUCAAAGACUUCGAAACAUGUAGCCCUCCUCUCCUUCCUCUCUACAACGCUCGCCCAAACAUUCACAGCAUGCAACCCGAUGGAAAAGGACGACUGCCCUGCAGACACCGCCCUCGGCGUGUCCAACUACACAAUCGACUUCACCAAGAGCAUAAUGUCGGAUCGCGUAUGGAAUUGGACAGCUGGGAGCGCCAACUACGGCGACUCGGGCGCCGAGUUCACCAUCAAUGUGCGCGGCGACGCGCCUACAGUCCAGACCAACUUCUACAUCUUCUUCGGCCAGGUCGAGGUGUGGAUGAAGGCCGCUCCAGGCAAGGGUAUCGUGUCCUCGAUUGUGCUGGAGUCCGACGACCUGGACGAGGUGGAUUGGGAAUGGAUAGGGCCCAACAACACAUACGUGCAAACCAACUACUUCGGCAAGGGAAACACCACCACAUACGACCGCUCGGCGAUUCACCAGGUGAACGACGCGCAGGGCGAGUUCCACAACUACACCGUCGACUGGACCCCCGAGAAACUGGAGUGGUUUAUCGACGGACAGUCGAUCCGUGUGCUCAAUGCGCAGGAUGCAAAUGGAGGGCACAACUUCCCCCAAACGCCCUGCAACGUCAGACUGGGUAUCUGGGCCGGUGGCGACCCCAAAAACGAGCAAGGCACGAUCGACUGGGCUGGUGGUGAGACGAAUUACGGCGACAGCCCGUUCACCAUGACGGUCAAGUCUGUCCGAGUCUCGGACGCUAGCACGGGGACACAAUACGUCUACGGCGACAAGACCGGCAGCUACCAAAGCAUCAAGGUUCUCAAUGAAACCUCGCCCAUCAAGCUCGACGGCGAAAACUCGAGCUCAACCACGCAGACCGUGAAGCAGAAAUGGAACGGCCUCACCCCGACGACAAAGUACAUCAUCAUUGGCGUUGUCUGCGGCGUGCUCUUGCUCGCCGUCGCCAUCUUCGCCUUCUGCUGCAUCCGCCAACGCCGCGCCGGCAAGCAUGAGAAAUUGAUCGAGGACGCCAAGUACGAGAAGAACGCUGCUGAAGUCAUGGCCUACCGAGCUGAUAUGUCUCGCGUUCGCAACGACAGGUUCAAGCAGCCUUACGUCCAAGUCUCCCCAGCCAUGGGCAAUGCGGGCGCCAUUUACCAGCAGCAGGCGCAGCCUAUGAUGGGAGGCAUGCGUAGCCCUUCUCCGGGUUAUGGAUAUGCGCAGAGUGUGAACUCGUAUGGAAGGGGUUAUCAGAAAUAUUGAACGUCUAGUAGCGUGGCGUUAGCCUCAUGUUGAUUUUUGGGCUUGAAACAUUGUACAUUAAGCGGCUAGUGUCUCAUUUGAUCGUAUUGUCUAUCUAGAAGACGCUUAUUGUGACAUGAUCAUUCCUUUCCCGCGUUGCAA